AUGCCUGAAGAACAAGUAAUCCACCUUCAUCCCCUAGGAUGGGAAAACGAUCCUGAGGAAGAGCGGUUCAAGUUGUCCACGCUGGACUAUCUGACUGCGCAGACCUACAACAUGUACUGUCUAUUCUUUCGACUAGACGAAGCCAGCAGGCCGAGUGCUGUCGAGGCGCUGAAAGCCGGUCUUGAGCGAACCCUAAGCCAGGCCCGACAUCUAUGCGGGACGAUCGAGAAAGAUCCCACCGGGGGACACUCCUUCGUCAAAAAGAAGGAUAGCACGGUGAGAUUCGUCGUCCAGAACCUCGACGCGGAAAUCUACCCAUCGCUGGAUGAUAUCGAGCAAGCGCACUUUUCCACGGCGAGACUGGGUGAUCUCAAACUCUGGAGUGUGCCUCCCAUGACCUAUGGCGAGAAGCCCGAAGCGAAUCCAGAUAUCAGUCCGAUUACAGCAGCUUACAAGGCCAACUUUGUCCGCGGUGGCCUGGUGUUCAUCAUGCACCACCACCACUAUGCCAACGACAUCAUGGGCUUUGCUGGUCUUGUUCAUCAGCUAGCAGAGAACUGUUACUCCAUCGUUAACAACACCCCGUUCACUUAUUGGGAUCCCAAGAACCUGGACUACUCCCGCACAACCAAGCCAGACCCCCCGGAGGAGUUGAAGGUCGACGGCCCUCCUGCUCCCCAGCGCCACCCAGACCUUCUCCCAGGGAUAUCGCUUCUGUUCCACCUCCCCAAAAGCAAGGCAGCAGAGCUCAAGGCGCUGGGGGCUCCGAAAGACGGAACCUGGAUUUCAACCUACGACGCCUUCUGCGCCUUCAUCCUACGCACACUAACCCGCGUCCGAGCCCCGGUCUUCAAACCAGAGAUGUCCUCGCACAUCGUCUGGGGCGAAGGCGUGGACAUGCGCAGACGCUUCCACCCACCAGUCCCCCCAAGACUGCAGGGGAACGCCAUGUCCGCAGCCUUGAACACACUAUCCCCAGUGCCGCAACCAACCGUAUCAGAGAUCAUCUCCGACUGGCCAUUCUGGAAAUUGGCAGCCUAUAUCCGCGCGCUGACCAACAGCGUCACACAGGAAGCACUGGACCAGACGCUCGGCAUGGUCGCGACAGUCCGCGACAAGACAUCGCUGAACAUCCGGUGCGACUCGAUGCCGCCCAUGUCGAUUCUCAUGACGGAUCACCGCGAUUUGAACCACACGGCGGCAAACUUUGGCUUCGCGACUCCGGUUGCGUACCGCCAUUUACUGGACUGUAUUACCAACGGGGUGAUUGUUGUCUAUCCGCCGCGUGUGAACGACGAGGGUUCGGACGAGGGCCCCGAGUUUGCUAUCUUCUACGAGAGAGACCUGGCGCAGACGCUGAUUGAGGAUCCCGAGUGGAAUAGAUAUUUUGAGUAUAGAGGGGUAGACGCCAUCGACGCGGCUAGCAAUAGCAAUAGCAAUUAA